ACAAGAGCCUAGAAGAGAUAAGAAAACCCCAAGCCAAGGAGUCAUGGCAGCCAAACCCAAGCUCUACUACUUUGAUGGCAGGGGCAGGAUGGAGUCCAUCCGCUGGCUGCUGGCUGCCGCCGGAGUGGAGUUUGAAGAAGAAUUUUUUGAAACAAGAGAACAAUAUGAAAAGUUGCAGAAGGAUGGAUGCCUGCUUUUCGGCCAAGUGCCUUUGGUUGAAAUUGAUGGAAUGGCGCUGACACAGACUAGAGCCAUCCUCAGCUACCUUGCUGCCAAGUACAACUUGUAUGGGAAGGACCUGAAGGAGAGAGUUAGGAUCGACAUGUACACGGAUGGCACCCUGGAUCUGAUGACGAUGAUAAUGGGGGGUGUCUUCAAACCCCCUGUGGAAAAAGAGGAGACCCUGGCAUCAGUUGUGAAGAGUGCUAAAACCCGGUACUUUCCUGUCUUUGAAAAGAUUUUGAAAGACCAUGGAGAGGAUUUUCUCGUUGGCAACAAAUUUAGCUGGGCAGACAUACAGUUGCUGGAAACUAUUUUAAUGGUGGAAGAACUCGAUGCCUCUGUUCUUUCUGACUUCCCUCUGCUAAAGGCAUUUAAAACAAGAAUCAGCAACAUCCCCACAAUUAAGAAGUUCUUGCAGCCUGGGAGUCAAAGGAAGCCACCCCCGGAUAGCCACUAUGUUGCACUAGUCAGGAAGAUUCUGCAGUUCUGAUGGCAGCAGGUCUCAGGAUGGCAAGAGUGACGCUCUACCUGCAGCCCCAGCACAUGCCAUCUAUGGUGAACAGUAGAAGGAAGCUAGAUUCUAGGAGCUAAAUGUCUGGAAAGAACAAAGCCAUGCUGCCAUCAAUGGCAAAUGCUGAUUAAAUGCAAUAUAAAACCA